AUGGAUGAAGAUGAGAAAGACAGGGCAAAGAGGGCUUCGCGUAACAAGUCUGAGAAGAAGAGGCGCGAUCAGUUCAAUGUUCUCAUCAAAGAGCUCAGCUCCAUGCUUCCAGGCAACACUCGCAAAAUGGACAAAACUACUGUGCUGGAAAAAGUCAUUGGCUUUCUGCAAAAACACAAUGAAGUCUCGGCACAGACGGAGAUUUCUGAAAUUAAGCAGGACUGGAAGCCUUCAUUUCUCAGCAACGAAGAAUUCACCCAGCUGAUGUUGGAGGCGUUAGAUGGCUUCAUUAUAGCAGUAACCACGGGUGGAAGCAUCAUCUACGUGUCUGACAGCAUCACACCUCUUCUAGGGCAUUUACCGUGUGAUGUCUUGGAUCAGAAUUUGUUAAAUUUCCUCCCAGAACAAGAACAUUCAGAAAUUUAUAAGAUGUUAUCUUCUUGUAUGCUUAUGACGGAUUCUGCCUCAUCGGAUUACCUAAAAACUGACAAUGAACUAGAGUUUUAUUGUCAUCUUCUGAGAGGAAGUUUGAACCCAAAGGAAUUCCCAACAUAUGAAUACAUAAAAUUUGUAGGAAAUUUUCGGUCUUACAGCAAUGUGCCUAACUCCACUUGCAAUGGCUUUGAUGAGGCUGUCCCAAGGGCUUACAGAACAUCCCCGGGAAAGCAGGUCUGCUUCGUUGCGACUGUUCGUUUGGCAACGCCUCAGUUUUUAAAGGAGAUGUGCAUCGUGGAAGAACCUCUAGAGGAAUUCACAUCAAGACACAGUCUGGAGUGGAAAUUUUUAUUCCUGGAUCACAGAGCACCGCCGAUUAUAGGAUACUUGCCUUUUGAAGUGCUGGGUACUUCUGGCUACGACUAUUACCAUAUAGAUGACCUAGAGCUGCUAGCAAGGUGCCAUGAACACUUGAUGCAGUUUGGCAAGGGGAAGUCGUGCUGCUAUCGCUUUCUGACCAAAGGACAGCAGUGGAUCUGGCUCCAAACCCAUUACUAUAUCACCUACCACCAGUGGAACUCCAAGCCAGAGUUCAUUGUGUGCACACACAUGGUGGUAAGUUAUGCAGAUGUUCGGGUGGAGAGGAGACAGGAGAUGGGCUUGGAAGAAGUGUCCUCAGAGGUUGUGUCCUCAGCACUAAAGGACAGUGGCACCAGCUUGGAUCCUGAACAGCACUUUAAUGCACUUGAUAUUGGUGCCUCAAUCCUCAGCGCUAGUCGGACACCCUCAGUAUCAUCCAGGAGCUCACCAAAAUCUUCCCACACACCCAAGUCGGACCCAGCAUUAUUCCUGGCUACACCGACAAAGCUGAUUGCAGAGUCUAACACUCCCUUGCCAAGAACACCAAGCACGCAGCAGGAUUUAUCCGUGCAUCGACUCAGUCAACCUACUGCUCUUCAGGUUUCUUUGCCUUCUCAGCCUUCAUGUGAGCUUCUCCCACAGCAGUUACUGCCUCAAGCAACUCUGCAAAAUCAGCCUGCACCUCUGGCACAGUUCUCGGCACAGUUCAGCAUGUUCCAGACCAUCAAGGACCAGCUAGAGCAGCGCACCCGGAUCCUGCAGGCCAACAUCCGGUGGCAGCAGGAGGAGCUCCAGAAGAUACAGGAGCAGCUCUGCCUGGUCCAGGACUCCAGCGUACAGAUGUUCCUACAGCAGCCGACAGUGUCCCUGAGCUUUAGCAAUACUCAGCAGCCGGAGCCACAACAGCUACAGCAGAGGUCAGGGGCCAUUUCUCAGCAGCAGCUUGUCCCCAGUCCUCAACUUCAAGGGCAAAUUGCAUCUUCGCAAACAGCGAACCAGCAAGCACUGAGAGAACCAAGCGUGAUAUCGAGCCAG